CUUAUUGUAUAUAAAAGCGCCAAGUCGGCAGCAAAAUAUAGUUCACAUUCAAACGAAAUUCUAUUCUCAACUUGAUUAUUGUUAGUUGGAGAACAACAAUGGUAAAAGUCUAUUCUGUUGUCGCCCUAACGACGCUAUGGAUGGUGUGGUGUACAGUGGGAGCAGACCCUCCGGAAUGUCGAGGCCGUCCACAUCGAAACGGGUCAACGACGGAUUGUUGCAAUGUUAAUUUAAGCCCAGAACAGGUGGAAUGUGCUCGAAAAAUCAAAGAAAAAUGGAUGGAAAAGCGGAACUCAUCCGACAAGGAAAAUGUUGAUAUGAGUGAUGUUGGGUGCACAUCGGAUUGCAUUUUUACCACAGACAUCGUUACAUCAGAUAAUGAAAUAAUUACCGAAGAAGUCAAACCAGCUCUAGACAAAAUUUUGGAAGGACCUGAAUGGCAAUCAUUAUCACCGACGAUGAUAGAAACGUGCAAAAAUCGCGCUGUACAAGGAUCUGGAGGGCGUAAGGGACACGCCGGUCAUUGUAAUAUGGUCAAGGAAAAGUUUCUCUUUUGUAUCAAUGAACAGAUCAUCGAACACUGUCCCGAUUCGUUGUGGAAGAACGAUGAGGAAUGUAAUAAGGCUCGAACAUAUUUGAAAAAUUGCCCAUAUGAGAAACGAUUCGGAGGAAAACGGGGACAACAGGAAGAACAAUAAAGAAACAGGAAUAAAAACUGUGUAACCAUUUGAAAAUUGACAUUAGACUUGAAUAAAUGUGUUUCUGUUAUUAGUUGAGCUGAAUUGAAUAUAACUUGCUAGAAAAA